CACAUAAAUAUAGCAAGCUAUUCUCUGUUGGCCAACCAUUUGGUAACUCUUUUUGUUCCUUUCUAUCACCAGCGAAAUAUGAGCAACUUUGUAACAGAAUACACCACUCCCUCUGGCUUCAAGCUAAACUUAAACACAGCCUUGUUUAUCAAUAACGAGUUCGUUGCCGGUGGCAGUACCAUUGAUACCAUUAACCCCGUCAACGGUGAAGUUAUUGCAACCGUUCAAGCAGCCGAAAAGGAACAAGUUGAUUUGGCCGUGGAAGCUGCAGAAAAGGCUUUUUAUGGUGGCUGGAAGAAGAGCACCGGACGCGAACGCGCUCGUCUGAUGAACAAACUUGCUGACCUUUGCGAACGGGAUGCCGAGGAGCUUGCUCAAAUUGAAACCUUGGAUAACGGAAAGCCACUGACCAAUUCUCGUAUGGUGGACGUACAGAUUAUCGUUACACAGCUUCGCUACUUUGCAGGCUGGUGUGAUAAGAUUCAUGGCAAGGUUAUUGAAACAGAAGGCAAACUGUCUUACACUGUUCACGAGCCAAUUGGUGUCUGUGGCGGCAUUAUUCCAUGGAACUUGCCUAUGGGAAUGCUCAGCUGGAAAAUUGCUCCUGCUGUUGCGACGGGCAACACUGUGGUCAUCAAGACUUCUGAACUGACUCCCCUCUCUGCUAUCAAAGUUGCUGCUUUAGUCAAAGAAGCAGGCUUUCCACCUGGUGUCAUCAAUAUCAUUACCGGUUAUGGUCACAUCACUGGUGAUGCUCUUGCCCGUCAUAUGAAAGUGAGCAAGAUCGCCUUUACCGGAAGCCUUGCAAUUGGUCGACAGAUCAUGCGUGCUUCAGCCGACUCUAACUUGAAGAAGGUCACUCUGGAAUUGGGCGGCAAGUCGCCAAACAUCGUUUUCGACGAUGUUGAAAACCUGGAUGAAGUCGUCUUUUGGUCAAGAAUGGGUAUUUUCUUCAACGCUGGACAAGCAUGCUGUGCUGGAAGCAGAAUUUUUGUCCAAGAAGGUAUAUACGACAAGUUCGUUGAGAAAUUCAAGGCCUUGGCCGCUUCUGGCAAGGUUGGUGAUCCGCUGGAGGCGGACACUUUCCAAGGUCCUCAGAUCUCUCAGCGCCAGUUUGAUCGCGUGAUGGACUACAUUAAGGCUGGCAAGGAAGAAGGUGCUACAUGUCUUUUGGGCGGAAACCGUGUCGGUGAUACUGGCUACUUUAUCGAGCCCACUAUUUUCACUGAUGUUACUCCAAAGAUGAAGAUUAUGCAAGAAGAAAUCUUUGGUCCAGUAGUUUGUAUCUCGAAGUUUACUGAUAUUGACGAUGUCGUCAAAAAAGCUCAUGAUACCAUUUACGGUCUUGCUGCUGCUGUGUUUACGUCAAACAUUACCCGUGCCGUCACUCUUUCGAACGAGCUAGAAGCUGGCACCGUCUGGGUCAACUGCUAUAACAUUAUCAACGAGAACAGUCCAUUCGGCGGUUACAAACAGAGUGGUCAAGGUCGAGAAAACUCGGAGUAUGCUCUUGCCAAUUAUACCCAAGUUAAGGCCAUUAAGAUUAAUGUCGGAAACCCCCUUUAAGUUAUACCUGAAAACUUGUUUUAUAGCAUGUCUAUUAUUUCCCACUAUUAAUGAUAGUGAUAUAUCUAACAGUUUGUACUUAAUCAAUGGAGCUUUUUUUACCAACAUUAUGUCGCUUAUUCUCAAAGAACAAUUGAUAUCAUAAACUAGUUGUGUG